CACAAAGGAGUCGGCCAUUUUAUUGCUGGUUGGUGUACGGGGGGUGAAGCUGUGGCUUAGAGCCCAGUGUAGCAUUGUUGUAUUUUUUAUGAAAUUAUUUUUCUAGAUAUCUGUUUAAACAACGUACAAAAGUGUAUACGUAUUUAGCAUAAGAUAAGGUGUAUUUAUGAAUUGAGUUUGGAGAGCAAUGGACGAUCCGAAUAGGAUGAUGGCGCACAGCGGCGGGCUCAUGGGGCCGCAGGGCUACGGGCUGCCUGGCGGUGAAGGAGCGCCGGCUGCAGGCGAGGGUGAAGCGCGAAAACAAGACAUCGGUGAAAUAUUGCAGCAGAUCAUGAAUAUAACAGAUCAGAGUCUGGAUGAAGCGCAAGCGAGAAAACACACGCUCAACUGCCACAGAAUGAAGCCUGCCCUAUUUUCAGUGUUGUGUGAAAUCAAAGAGAAAACAGUACUCUCCCUCCGCAACACACAAGAGGAGGAGCCCCCAGAUCCUCAGCUGAUGCGUCUGGACAACAUGCUGAUCGCGGAAGGUGUCGCCGGGCCCGAGAAGGGAGGCGGUGCCGGCGCCGCGGCAUCCGCGUCCGCCGCCGCUGGUGAAUGGGACAAUGCAAUUGAGCACUCUGACUACCGCGCCAAACUGGCUCAGAUUCGCCAGAUCUACCACCAGGAGUUGGACAAGUAUGAGAAUGCCUGCAACGAGUUCACUACUCACGUUAUGAACCUGCUGCGCGAGCAGAGCCGCACGCGGCCCAUUACGCCCAAGGAAAUCGAGCGCAUGGUGCAGAUUAUCCACAAGAAGUUCAGCUCCAUCCAGAUGCAGCUGAAGCAGUCCACCUGUGAGGCUGUCAUGAUACUUCGCUCACGUUUCUUGGAUGCUCGCCGAAAACGCCGCAACUUCAGCAAGCAGGCGUCGGAGAUUCUGAACGAGUACUUCUACUCGCACCUGUCCAAUCCCUACCCUAGCGAGGAGGCCAAGGAAGAGCUGGCGCGGAAGUGCGGGAUAACUGUCUCACAGGUGUCCAAUUGGUUCGGCAACAAGCGCAUUCGCUACAAGAAGAACAUCGGCAAGGCGCAGGAGGAGGCGAACUUGUAUGCGGCCAAGAAAGCAGCCGACUUGCCUUGGGUUGGCGCGGGGCGCGAUGCUAGCUCACCGCCAGCCAGAGCUUCGUCAUAUUACACUGCAGGCGCGUCGCCGUACUCGAUGGGCGCGGCGUCCGGCACGGCCACGCCGAUGAUGUCGCCGGCGCCCACGCAGGACUCCAUGGGCUACUCGCUGCCCGCGCCCGGCUACGACCAGCCGCAGCCCAGCUACGACGGCUCCAUGGGCUACGACCCCAUGCACCAGGACCUCUCGCCGUAGGCCGCCCGAGCCGCAGGUUACGGGUAUGACACAUAAUUGUGCAGCUUCCACAGAAUUGCCAUUUACAUUUACUAUUAUUAUGUUAAGUAGGUCAGGUACUAAUACUAACGACCGGUUACUUACGUCGGCGGCGCCUUAGGACAUAGGACAUUGUAUACUACACACUAUACCUUAGACUACAUAUUGUUAGCGAUAUUUUUGGAAGGAAAUGUAAUGAAAUGUAUUUUAAUUUGUAUUACGAACUCUAUACGACUGGCACCCAGUAUUUGUUUAUCAAUUUUAAUAUUAUACAAUUUUAUUUUUAUUAUUAUACAAAGUCAUAUGAAAAUGAAUUUUAACGGCAACUAUAUUUUAUAGUAUUAUUGUUUUACCAGUGACUUAUAUUUAAAUUUAUUUUGUUUUAUUUUUUUGAAAAGUAAUUAUUUGGGCAGUAUUAGUAAGUUAUAUACAAAAGUAAAUCAUCACAUCGACAUGGCGGGGAUCUCGUGUUUCUAUUUGUUCUAAUAAUCUUCUACUCUACGGUGGUUAUAAUUAUACGAUAGAUGUAAGGUGAAACUAGUUAAUAUUGUUAGAUGUAAGUAUUCAGAUAUUUUGUGCUGACUAAUGUCCUUUAUAAUGUGCGUCCGUGGAUUUUGCGACUUUGAAUCUAUGAUAUUUAUCGACAACAAAUUGAAAAUGGAGAUCACAAACAAUCUAGAUAACGGUAACAUUAGACUGAAAAGUGCAAACAUAAUCAUAUUUAUUUCAAGUGGACUAGUGACGUGCACUUGUAUGUGCUCGAGAUUUUUGUUGAUAUGUACCAAGAUAUUCAAAUAUAGUGUAAGUCGAUGUGAUACGAAACCAUUACGCAACAAUUGUAUACGUAUGAGAUUUAAAAACAUAGUCGGUGAUCAUUCGCUCAAUUUCUGCUCCAACAAUAAUAUUAUACACACAUUUUAUAAUUGUUAUAAAGUUCUAAGGGCUAUGUUCGGAUAGUGUUAUAACAAGAUGUACCCAUACGAACGCGUUGAUGCACUUUAAACCAAUGUAUACGCAAUCAAAAUAAGUAUAACGAUAUUUUUAUAUACAUUUAUUAUUGCUGGAAUAUAUAUUGAGAGUACAGAUAUUAAUUUGAUUAUAAAUUGAACAUUGUUAAGUAUAUUUUAAUGUCAGAAAGUAAUGUCGAUUCAAAGUCAGUUUGUAUUUGCGCGGACGCAUAGAAUUGUGUGCAAUUUAAAUAUUUUAUUAGCAAAGGUUGUGUUAGUAUCGCGCACACGCAACUUGGCCCUUACUGAUCUAAUUGUGGAGGCGUUUUAAAAUACCAGUCAAUUUUAAUCGUUUACAAUUUAAUUUUGUUUGUGUCGGGCCGAAACUAGGAUGCUCAAAAGUUUCAAGGAAAGGUGAACUUAACCUGUUGCAGAUAUACGAAUACUAUUAUAGACGCAUUAAACUAAGUUCGGCCCUGGUAACCCAGGAGUUGUGAAUAUCAGAACAAAAUAUUUUAAUUAUCGUGGUGCUAAAACGUUUGGUAGCACAAUUUUAUUUUAUUCGUUAGCCGUAAGUUGGAUGUUAUUUUAUUUCGUCGUACAUUUCAUCAACGCAUAACAAGAUCUUAACGAUUGUAACUUAAAAUUAGUUCCACUUAGUGAUAGUUUGGAUAUAAAAAUUGCUAGAGUUAAGUUAAUGUGUUCUAAAACAAAAUAUCUGAAACAGUAUACGAGAUAAAAAAAAACGAAAAUUUAAUUGAUGUUUUAACGCUGUGGAACAUUGUAAUUGCAUCGUGCCGCCAUCGAUCGCACUUUUCUUACUCGUUCACGAUAAAUUAUUUAUUAUAAUGGUUAUAAAGUAAUGUUAAUAUAGUCCCAUAGACGGGCGGGGCGGCGCGAACACACAUGUAUACGACGACAAGUUCAAUGUUAUUGCGACCAUCAGAUUGACUAAAAUACAUUUUUGUGUAGUUAA